AUGAACUGUGCUAUUUUCCUAUACUUUGUUGUAUUCUUUCUAGCUGCGUUUCUUUAUUUCAGACUUGAUAAAUAUGAUCCCUACAAAAACUUUUACAUCAAGUUUCCUGAUCAGCAAAAGUGCAUUCGUGACUUGUUGUUUCCGUUUACAAGGGAAAGGAAUUUAGAACUUUUUGGUUCCCUUCCUGUUUACAUCAAUCAAUGUUCCUAUAACCUACUACGCGUGUACUUCCAUACGAUUCGAGAUGGUUAUAGGUCGGCACUGUUCUUGCCAGCGGAGAAGGAAAUCAAGCCGGAAGACGGGUUAGUAUCCCAUAGUCAAUUUUUGUUCGCAGCGGAUGAGAAUUGUGUAAUUGUACAUGCUUCCCAAUCGACACUUGAUGUCAGGAUGGAGAUGAAGAUGAAGAAAAAGUGGCCCCUCUGUAAAAUUGUGAAAGUGAACACUCAAGCGACACCGGAUGAAAACAAUCAAAUCGAGGUGGUCCGCGCCAAACUGAAAAUGACUUUCGAUCGCCAAAGUUUCCGUCGCGACAAGAGUUUAGUGGACUUGGAUACCCUGAUGCGAGUCUUUUUGAAUACUCGGUAUAUUGAAGCCUUAUAUCUGGAUGAGUUUGUGACUGUGGAGGAGUUAUUCCAGUUUUCCGAGCAAAAAGAUUUCGCAAAGUUGUUCCCAGUCUGUCAGUUAACUAUGGUGGUUCCAAGGCCUAAAAAUAAGAGUGAUGAGACAAAGUUCUGGAAUUUCAUACUAUAUUUUGUGGUGGAUUCUCCACUUGUAUUAGUAUCAUCUCGAUUCAUUAACCAGGACAAGAUUGAUUUGGUAUUUUACAACCCGGUUUAUGAAUCUUGUAAUUUUAAACACUUCUCAAUCCCGUUCAACAAGGAUGGAGUCAAGUUUUGA